AUGAAGAGCCAUGCGCCGAAUGUCAUGCCCUGCAGCAGCGGCAGCAGGUAUGCAUCCGUUGCAGAGGCUGCUGCACAGCAGAACCCUCAGGCGGUCGUCGAGAUGCUGUCGCAGAGUUACAGAGCGGAGGAGCAGGACUCGGAAGGCAACACAGCUCUCCACUAUGCUGCAUGGUUCAGGCUAGACUCACUCCUCACCCCGUUACUGGAAAGAGGGGCGCGACCUGACAUUCCCAAUUAUUCCGGAGAGUCCGCAAUUCAUUGGGCCGCGAAGUCUUCCAAUGUCAUAGCUUUGGAUGCGAUGACCAGGGCCAACAAAGCUCUUCUCUCGAUCCGCGAUUGUGAUGGUUUCACUGCCUUCCUGGUGUCCGCACAAUCGGACAACAGCCCCGUGAUGGAGUGGCUGUACCUCAAAGGUGUCAGCGUGGAAGAGCAGGAUGAUUGCGGCAGAACUGCUCUGCUGUGGGCAUGCCACCAGGGGAACAAGAAGACAGUUCAGUGGUUGCUCUCGCGAUCUGCCAGUAUUGCUCACCGAGACCGAGAAGGCAUGACUGCACUUCACCAGGCAGCCCUGCAAGGACACACGCUGAUCGCGGAAAUGCUCAUGGAAGUCGGGGCGGUGCACCUCUUAGAAGUCCCGGAUAGCGCUGGCGAGACCCCGAUUGAACUCGCAAUGCGGAAAGGGAAGAGGCACUUGGUGCUUGACUUUCACAAGUGCCAGGUAUUUAACUUUUUGUUCGGCCGGCCAUACCUUUUCCAGAACAACUACGCGGGUCUCUUCCUUUGUUUCGUUGUCUACAACAUCAUCGUGUUUGCCUUUGUCAUAGCGCCGGGAAUUGCGGCUAGAAAUCCUGAAGCCGUCCUGAUCUGGUCGAUGCUAGUGGGAUUGUCACUGCUGCUGUGGGUGCAAUGCCUCUUCUCGGAUCCUGGCUGGCUUCAGCCACGCACCAUAAACUCCCAGAAACGCCUGCUGGGCAAAGAUCCAGCAGGGACGUUUGAUGCUGAUCAGCCGAUCGAGUCACAGAUGGCUCAUUGUGACAGCGUUCUUCAGAAGCUGUCCUUGGCAUGCGACGGCGAGGUCCCGCAGGCCACGAAGCUGGAGCUAGAGCAGAACAAGUACAACUACCAGCGACAUCUUCUCCAAGCAGCACGGAAACGACUCAAAGAAGGCUGUGGAUGCGGCGAUCCCCGAAGCCCAGCCUUGGGCGAAUCGCAGCCCUUGAUCCCCUCGAAACUCGAUGGCGGCUCCCAAAAGGCCCAGCUGGAGCGAGCAACUGUGGCUCUAAGCGAGCGUGAACGUGCUGCAGUGGAGAAUCUGGGCCGCGCCAGAGUGGAGCACUUAGUGGCACAAGGGUCUGGCGAGUAUCUAGCCUUGGUGGAGAAAGGCGACUUCAAGAAGGUGUGCAUUAUCUGCCGCUCGGUACGGAAAUUUCGCUCGCACCACUGCAAGGAACAAGGUCGAUGUGUUGAUCGAAUGGACCAUCACUGCCCAUGGAUAGACAACAGCGUUGGUUUGGGCAAUCAACGAUCUUUCUUUUCCUUCAUCACCGUGCUUCUUGCCGCCCUCCUCUACUUCCACUACACGGUAUUUCUUUAUACUUUCGACACGGUGUUUCCAGAGAUCUCUCGGGGCUCCUUCGCUGAGCUAUUGGAGUCCCUGAGAAAUGGGUCCCUUGGAGCAGAGUUGCAACCAAUUCUGGUUCUGACAACGGCUGCGUUUGAUGCAAUUUGGGUGUGCUUCGUCGGAAUGCUGGUUGCCAGAACCACCGCCAACAUGAUGGUGAACUUAACUGCCUACGAAGUUUUGGUCAGACCCAGCCAUGUGCUGCGACGCUUUCCCAAAACUCGAGGAGAGUAUUGGUACCUCCAAGAUUUCGGAAUCAGAUCUGCUUUCUACAACUCCAUUAGAUUCUGGACGUUAGACGACAGCGGUGAUGCGGCAGCUUUCCGUAGAACCCAAGAGGUGCAAGGCAAGCCUUCUCACUUCGUGGAAGUGGUUUAA